CUCCGGUUCUCUGAGCGUUUGUAAAAGCAGCAGCAGAUGCGCCGUCCAUGCUGCUUUAAGUCUGCUAAGAAGCUACUAGUCCAAUUAACAGAGAGGAGGCUGAAAAACAAACGCAUGUUGGCCAUUACACUAACUUACCGCUCCUCGGCUCGACGAUGGAUGUGCGCGCCGCUCCGGCACAUGACGACCUGAUCCGACAGCCCGCCUUAACCAAACAAGUUGGACCAGAAGCGGCACAGUAUCAUCAGUGACAUGUCGGUGUGUUUUCAGCGAUUUGGAUGCACACAUUAAGCCUUUAUAAGCCCCUUUUGGAGGAUCUGUUGUAGGCCUGCACGCGCGUCAUUUGGCGACGCUACGGAGUUUAAUUGGAGUGUGUGAGAAGGUGGCUCGUGAACAUGGACACACACACUGAUGUGCUGCUUGUCACGGCAAAUGUCGGCUCACUCUUUGAUAAUUUGGGUGAAAUUCAGAAUGAAUGGUUACAAGAGUUGUAUAAGACUGUCCACAGCCACAAGCCGCAGUUCAUCGCCCUGCACUUCCAGGAGGUGGGAGGGAAGGACUACAUGGCCAACAUGGGCCACGCAGAACCCUUCUUUUGGAGCAUUGCAUCCAGUGAGGAAAUGAAAGACUUUGACAGGGUCUGCAUCUACGUGGACGACAAGUUCCAAGCAGAAGACAGUUUCACGGCUUUGGGGAGCAUAUACUUCAUCCACAAGACACUGAAAAACAUCUAUCAGUAUGAUUUUAAUGUUAAGGAUUUUAAAGCAGUGUCGGGGCAGAACAAGCACGUGGGCUCUCUGGAUGGGGUCGCCACAGUGGAGAAAGAAAAAUUCCCAAAGAAUUUCUGGCCUGAUUUCAAGUGGUCCAGGAAGGGCUUCAUGAGGACCCGCUGGAUCAUACACGACCAAGGUCUGGACCUGGUCAAUGUCCACCUGUUCCACGAUGCCUCCAACCUCAUUGCCUGCAACUCCAGUCCUUCCAUUUACUCAGCCAACCGCAACAACGCUCUCAGAUAUGUCAUCAACAGGAUAUCAGACAGCCGCUACACUCCUCUGCCUUUUCUCCUGUUUGGAGAUUUCAACUUCCGUCUGGACGCACUUAGUCUGGUCCAGCAUCUGUCCACGUCGGCAGAUGUGCAGAGAGUGAAGAAGGACAGCAGUAACGAAGUGGAGAAGAUCAUCUGCGAAGAAAAAGACAAUGACCACCAGGUGCUGCUCCACAUCGAGGAUAAGAUGUUUGCCUACCUGCACCAGGCGGUUUUCAGGGAGGACAACGGCAAAGCACUUUUGACGUAUGACAAAGAAGUCGCCGCCUUUCACGAUGUUGUCAGGGAAGAGGACAUCAAGUUUCCACCCAGCUACCCUUACAGUGAAGAGUACACUAAACCCACCCGGUACAUGAACACUCGCUGCCCUGCCUGGUGUGAUCGUGUCCUCAUGUCACACACGGCCCAAGAAUUCAUCCACAGGGGAGAUGAUGGUGAGAAGAGCGUCGUUUACAACACAGUGGGUCCUAAUGUCUGUAUGGGAGAUCAUAAGCCGGUUUUCUUGGCCUUCUCGAUGAAGACAAAUGACCAUUGACUCGGAUGCUUCUCAAUGGUCUGUAGCUUCUAUCCUCACAACUCUGCCACAGUGUCAGUACCAGAGGGUAAUCAACAUGAUAGUUACCGGCCACAAACCCACCCACCAGCACAGCAGCGGGUCUCGACGCCGCUGUAAAAAGCCCCGUCGCCACACCACUGGUGUCUCACAUAUAACCGUCUCACUGCCACACACUGUCGACCGCAGCUCAAGCACCACAGGCGCAGAUUCAUCAGCAGCUGUUAUGGAUUUCUGAGGCCGUUUUCCAGAUUCUCCACUCACUCUCAGAUCUUAAGUCCCCUGACCUGAAAGCUCAGCGUCACCGAGGAUGUUCCCGCAGACGAAAGGAUGAUGUUAAGAUUGCAGUGUGUGACUGUUGACCAGCCUCUUUACAUGGAUGUGUAUGCAAAAAUGUUCUUACUUUUUUUCUGCAUUUCUUCUAAAAAAUAUGAAUUUUUCUUACAGGCAGCGUCAGACAAACCCCGGCCAAGGCUUCACAAAUGUUCUCAUUCCUUAACUGCUCUAAAUCAUUUAUUAAAUCUCUCCAGUCAGUCAGACCACUUAGUAGCAGCUCGACCGCACAGUUUCACUCAGUAGGUUUCAAAUAAGCAGUUGAAUUCAGCCAAUCAGAAUCCAGCAUCGUGUAACUGAUCAAUGAAAACUUAAUUAUGCGUCGGAUCUUUAAUAUCAAGCUUUGGACCAGUCCUUCUGACUGCACGUGUGCUUUUAUUUUGUAUGUUAUGACAUUUGUAGAUCAGGUAUUUUCUUCUUUAUUAAAAACAAAGUUGUUUACUACCAAUGUAAGAUUUUAUACAACAGUCGAGGAAUGCUUCUGCGUCAGACUUGUUAUGUCAGAUCUCCUCUUUAGAUAAAACAUCAUUUAUGAAGGUUAUCUCACUUUUUUUCUCGUGUGAAAAGCUAUUUCCUCACAGCGGCUUUAACGAUGUCACAUAUCUCUUUGUUACCUAACAGAGAGUCGCUUCCAAAUUACAUUUUGAUAAUGUUUAUAUUAUAUACAACAUUUUAAAGAAACCUAACAGCUGUUUAUGAAUGCUGCAGUACGAGCUGCAUUUAUUAAUACAACACAACAGAAGAGGGUUUCACCCGGUCGAAUUUUAAAGUUACAUUAUUUUACAAUACCAAGUGCUUUAUUCCACAAGCUAUAACUCAUCAGUUCACAACUUUUUCGAUUUUACUCGUCCUCACUGAGAAAGUUUUCUCCACACUGUUCUGUUGGCGUCGACCUUUCUUCAUUGCCAAAAAUAAUUAUACUGUACUCACAUGUUUCCUUCUCAAUGUACUUAAGGGGUGUGUAUGCAUCCAUCACACGGACUUGAACUUCCCAAAGUCCUGUAUACAUACAGUAUGUACACACAUGUGCACACACACACUCACACACACACAACACAGAAGGCACUGUUUGCUUUUGGAUUGACUUUUGACUUGUUUUGUUUUUGUUGAAUCAUAUAAUCUCAUCCUGUAGCACCAGUUUAAUUCUGUCGAUGUGUGAAAUGUUGCUUGGAUUAUUUAGACCCUGCUUUAAUAAGGACUAAUUGAAAGAAUUAAAAAUAUGUUUGUAGUUUGUUCCUUCCAUCCAUCAGCUGAAGUUAAUCCCAGCUGACAUAUAUUAUACUUUUUGUGUGUUUUGUGAAACUUAUUUUGUCUUACACAGCUUGGUGGAACAGUACACAAAAGUACUUUUCAUGCAUACAUUCACAAAUAUUCGAAUACAUUUGGGACUGUCAGUCGUGUUUGUACGGCGGGACGGAAGCUUUGCCAUAACAAGAUUAAGUUAAGAAUCUGUGAUGCAAAUGUUUGUGUAUUUUGAAGAGUAAUAAACUGUUGACCUGUCAUGGGAGUGGAGCUCAUUAUAAAGCCAGUAUUACCUUUAGAUUAACUCUGGUAACACUACAUCAUUGUCAUGUUUCACUUCAGUAAAUAAAAUAUUACCCUACUGAA